AACGAAAUUUUUGUACAUCAGCUUGUCUCCCAUUUCCGCGGUGUCAAUUGGUGUCCUAAACAUGUACCCACCUCCGAACGCCGGUGGCUGCCCUCUGGUCUCUCCGACGUCGUCCCAGUCCCUCACGAGGACGGUGAACGGCUCCCACAGGUUCACGAUCCAGGGCUACUCGCUCGCCAAGGGCAUGGGCGUGGGCAAGCACAUCGCCAGCGACAACUUCACCGUCGGGGGCUUCCAGUGGGCGAUCUACUUCUACCCCGACGGCAAGAACCCCGAGGACAACUCCGCAUACGUGUCCGUGUUCAUUGCGCUGGCUAGCGAGGGCACCGACGUUAGGGCUCUGUUCGAGUUGACCUUGGUUGACCAGAGCGGCAAGGGCAAGCACAAAGUCCACAGCCACUUCGACCGGUCGCUCGAGAGCGGUCCUUACACCCUCAAGUACAGAGGCAGCAUGUGGGGCUACAAGCGGUUCUUCAGGCGUACCAUGCUUGAAACAUCCGAUUUCCUGAAGGAUGACUGCUUAAAAAUCAAUUGCACGGUGGGCGUCGUGGUUUCAGGAAUAGACUGCCCGAGAUUGUAUACCAUACAGGUCCCUGAAUCUGAUAUUGGUGUGGAUUUUGCCAUGUUAUUGGAGAAUGAAGAAGGUUCCGAUGUUACCUUUCAUGUGUCUGGGGAAAAAUUCCGCGCUCACAAGCUCAUACUAGCCGCUAGGUCUCCUGUAUUCGAAGCUGAAUUUUUAGAUGUGAUGGAUAAAGAGGACCAUGAAGUAUUUAUAAGUGAAAUGGAACCGAGCGUUUUCAAGGCCUUACUUCAUUUCAUAUACAAAGAUAAGCUAAGUGAGGAGGAGGAGGAGGAGGAGGAGGAGCUAUUGAUCUCGGGUUCUUCUUCCCAACCGUCUGUACCAGAGACAAUGGUGCCGAAGUUGCUAGCUGCAGCAGACAGAUACAGCUUACCUAGACUGAGACUAAUUUGUGAAUCUGUACUCUGUAAGGGUAUAUCUGUGGAUUCUGUUGCCAGGAUUCUUUCCCUUGCUGAGCGCCAUCAUGCUGCCGAUCUAAAAUCUGUUUGUUUAAAAUUUGCUGCUGAGAACCUAGUAGCAAAUUCUGUUUUUAAUGCUGCUUCCUCUCCUGGUGGUCCCGAAGUGGUUGAAAAUCCGGGGAUCGAGGACGAAGCUUAAGCUGUUAUGCGGUCCGAUGGGUUCCAAUACCUCCAAGAGAACUUCCCAUACCUUCAGUCAGAGCUCCUAAAGACGGUGGCAGGAUGUGAGGAGCAGCUUAGUGGAGGGGAAAAAGGUCGUAGUGUAUGGGCCCAAUUCUCGGAUGGGGAAGAGACGAAUAACCGAAUCAUAAGGCAGCUGAAUUGGGAGAACAUGGGGAUGGUGACUCAGAGCUUGUGGGCCUCGCUUUCUAAUGGCGGAGGAGAUGCGAGUGGUAGCAGUCCUCCCGAGCAAGAAAGCUGAUUCAGGGGGGGUGUAUGUUGUAUGUGUUGUAUUGGUAGGAAAUGUGUACUGUAGAGCUGAAAAGGCAAAACUGGUCUCCUGCCCUCUUUAAUGAAUUUCAGCUGAGUGAGUGCUUUAUAUAUCUCUCAUUUACAUUACAGGGUUGGGCUGAGCUACCAUUGAGCUUUUCUCGGCGAUGGCUGACCUUAUUGAGUUAUGUACUUGUAGCCCUGUAGCUGUUCAAAUGAAAACUUGAUCCAGUGAAGUGAUCUUUGCUGAACUGGCUUGUUGUGUCUGUCUGUAAAUUGUGCUAUAAAUUUUAGAGGAUGUCUUUUCAACUGCAUAUGCUGCAGUUUC